AUGAAUUCAAAGAGCAACGUGACAUACUUCGUCCUAUUGGGCCUCACCCAGAAUCCCAAGGAACAGAAAGUACUCUCUGUCUUAUUCUUAUUCUUCUACAUUUUGACCAUGGGGGGAAACUUGCUCAUUGUCAUGACUGUGUCUGUCAGCAAGAGUCUGGGCUCACCCAUGUACUUCUUUCUUGCCAACUUAUCCUUUAUGGAUGUCAUUUAUUCUUCAGUCAUUUCACCCAAAUUGAUUUCAGACUUAUUCUUCGGUGAAAAUAUCAUAUCCUUAAAAAUUUGUAUGAUCCAGCUUUUCACAGAACACUUUUUUGGUGGAUCAGAGGUUUUUCUUUUAUUGGCGAUGGCCUAUGACCGCUACGUGGCCAUCUGUAAGCCCUUGCACUAUUUGGUUAUCAUGAGGCAAUGGGUGUGUGUUCUGCUGCUGGCAUUGUCCUGGCUGGGAGGGUUCUUACAUUCAGUCAUCCAACUCAGCACUAUUUAUGGACUUCCAUUCUGUGGCCCCAAUGUCAUGGAUCAUUACAUGUGUGACAUGUACCCCUUACUGAAACUUGUGUGUACUGACACCUAUGUGAUUGGCUUCUUAGUGGCGGCCAACGGGGGCGUGAUCUGCAGUGUUGUGUUUCUGCUCUUACUCAUCUCUUAUGGUGUCAUCUGGCAUUCCUUAGAGAACCUAAGUCAGGAAGGGAGGCGGAAAGCCCUCCAGACCUGUGGUUCCCACAUCACCGUGGUGGUCUUCUUCUUUGUUCCCUGCAUUUUUAUGUAUGCAAGACCUGCAAAGACCUUCCCCUUUGACAAAUCAGUGAGUGUGUUUUACACAGUCAUAACUCCCAUGCUGAACCCCUUAAUCUAUACUCUGAGAAACACAGAGAUGCUAAAUGCCAUGAAGACACUCUGGGGAAAGAAAACCACAUCAGACAGGACAUAA